AUGACGACUGCGACGAAUACAAAGCUAAAGUUCUCUGAACAUUUAUGGGAUGGCUACGACUUGCUGUGCAAGCGAACAGAGAAUGAUCUAGCACAGUCAAAGAUUAUAUUGCUCUACUUUAAGAAGAGAGCAGAGGUCGAGGACAAGCUGGCAAAGAAGUUGGACAAGCUCUCAUCAAAGAUGUUCGCCGUUAGUGAUCAGCUGGAGGCAUCGACAGGUAACAACGCCUGGCGCAAGGUCGUCAACUGCAGCCACAACGAGUCGGAGCAUCACGUGGCACUCAGCGCCAGCAUCGUGACCAAGGUGUGCGGCCCAUUCUCGGCCAUGAUCAAGGACAUGGAGGCCAAGCGCAAGAAGAUUGUCAACGAGGGUGCGCGUCUGCGCAACGACCUCAAGGAGAUGUUGGAUGCGCACAGGAAGUCGCAGUCCAAGUACGAGAAGGUGUCAAAGGAGCUCGAGUCCACCAAACUGGAGCUCAAGGAUGCGCGCGAGUCGCCCGACACCUCUGUGGAUUCAAUCACCAAGCUGGAGAAGCGCAAGGAGAGGUUGGAGGGAGAGCAGGCUGCCGCCGACGAGGAGUAUCGCGAGCAGAUCAAGGCUACCAACGAUUUCCAGAACCUCUACAACGUAGAGAUGAUGCCAAAGAUAUUGAAUGACUUUGAGCACUUCAUCAUCACUCAUAUACAUCUUACAAAGACUUACUUGUCCAAUUGGAGCAAGGUGAUCAAUGACCAGCCACCAAUAUACGCCGCAUCAUAUGAUGCUGUGAGGAGGCUGGUCGAACAGGUCGAUAACCAGAGCGACGUGCAGGACUUUAUUAGGAAGAACAAGAUGAACAAGAUAUUGGGCACGCCCUUCCAUUAUGAGCCCUACGUCGAGGGCAGGCUCACAAGAAAGUCGAUGUGGAACGCCAAGAAUCUUACGUCCAGCUUGUUCUCCAAGUCGUCGGCGGGCAAGAAGGAUGAAGGCUCACUCACAACAUCAGGUGGCUCAACCGCCACAAUGGCGCCACUGUCGCCAGGCAAGCCUGUGCCAAGAUCGGCACUGUUGCCAACUGCUUCGUUUGGUGUGCCCAUCGAGGAGCUGAUGGCCAGACAGCGUGACACGCAUCCCACGCUUGAGAUCCCGCAGGUGCUGCAUGUGUUGGCCGUGACCAUCACCAAGCUGAAGGGACAUGUAUACGAGGGCAUCUUCCGUGUGCCGGGCAUCGUCAGCUCGAUCAAGGAGAUCAGGCUCGAGAUGGACAAGGGCAACUUUGACCUGUCGCACAUCGACGACGUCAGGACACCGGCCGCGUUGUUCAAACAAUGGCUGCGCGACACGCCCGAGCCACUGAUUCCUUCGUCACUGUAUCAGAACUGCGUUGACACACCACAAGACGCCGUCAACAUUGUCAAACGCAUUACCAAUCCGCUGCAUCUGCGCGUGCUCACCUAUCUGGUGCACUUUAUCCAACUCUUCUGCAAGCUGGAGUUUGUCGCGCACAGCAAGAUGGGCAGCAGCAACAUGGCCAUGAUCUUUGCUCCGACCAUUCUGCGCUGUCCUUCGAGUGACCCGGCUGUGAUGCUCAACAACGUCAACCUCGAGAAGGCAUUCGUUGAGAACCUCAUCCAGAAGCUGCCUCACGCCGACAAGGAGUUCUUGGACCUGCCCGUCAGCAUGUCCGAUGCCAUCAUGGAGGAGGAUGUCGAGGAGUUAGUGUUGGACGACGAUAUCAACAUCAAGUCUGAUGGGGAGACUGACAGCGAGCCAACUUCGCCCAAGGCCACUGGCACGCCUGUCCCAGUAUUCGCCACUACCACGCCAACUCCAACAUCUACCACGACCACGACAGCAACCACAGGUGUAACACCAUCAUCAAGCAACAGACGAUCAGGAACACAGCUAGGUUGGGUCAGGAUCAAGCCAACCAAUUAA